AUGCAAGAUGAAAUUAAUUUCGCCAUAGUUAGAGCUGAUGUUGGAGUCGUCGUUAAUGGAGUCGUCGCUAAUGAAGUCGUUGUUAAUAGAGUUGGCAUUACUGGAGUUGUUAUUAAUAAAAUUAUUAUAGUUAUUGUUCGUGCCGUCUAUCUUGGUACUACAAUUAUAGUAGGUGAUGUGUCGCAUUAUUUGUAUUGUUUUUGUACGGCUG